AUGUCCACAACUUGCCUGUCCAACUAUUGGAAACGAUUUUGGGGACGUGGUUCAAGUGAUGAUUAUUCUGCAGCCUUUGAAUCCGCCUUUUGGAAAGGCAUGAAUGAAGAACUUCUUCAUCCUUCUUUGCUCAGCUUCAAGUUGAGGUGUUGGAAGUAUGCAACGCACGAGCACUUGAAAAAUUUCAUUCAAUCCGUUGUUAAAAAAACGGUGAUUGUCUUGGACAUAUCAGUUGCUUGUCACGGGAAUUUGGAAUUUACUCUACCAUUGGAGGUGUUCCAAAGCAUGGAUAUAAAGGUACUGAAAAUAGGUCGAGGUCUCGUAAUUGAUAUCCUUCCUGAAACACACACGGGAUUGCAUAAAAUACAUGUGGACAUAUCUCGGCCAUUACACCCAUCCAUGCUAGGAUUUUACCACAUGUGUCCAAUGCUUCAAGACUUGCGGAUCGAAGGGAGUGUGAAAGGACGAGAUCUUCAUAAAGGUCAAGAUGUGUACUGGUCUGUUGUCAAUCGUUAUGAAUUUCAUAUUCAUGCCCCAAGACUGGAAUUUCUUGAAAUUGAUGAGACUGUGUUUGCGACUUUCAAGAUCAACGAGUUGCCCACCCUUCAAGAAGCGAGAUUCAAUAGCGGAUUUUUCGAGACCAGAGAGCAUCUUAGUGGCAUAGAACUUUGGGAUCUUUCAAAGAAAGUAAUUUCUACUUUUGCUAGUGAGGCACCAAUUUCCAAGUCGAUGAUUGUGAGAGAUGGAUGUCUUGAGGCACUCGGUUUCAUGUUUAAGAGGAUGCGUUUGUCUCGUGCUGAUGAAAUGGCAGCUGGGAACUAUUUUGCAACCAUAUUUCCUUCAAUGACCGUCACAAGAACGAUUAGCUUGGAGAUUGGACACAACUAUGCCUGGGAUGUCCUCCCCUACAUGCUUAGUGCAACCCCUCGCUUGUAG